CUUUAUCCAUUCAUCUACUGAUGGACACUUAGGUUGCUUCCAUAUGAUCAUUGUAUUUUAGGGAAACCUAUUGAUACUAGAGAAACUGCCAUUGCUGAUUGAUUUCACUAUCCAUUUUAUAUAAAUGUGUAAUAUCAUAAUACCAUCUUCAUUCCUUUGAAAAAUAGUGCAGACAUAAGCCAUACACAUCCAGUAUAGACACUCCAUGUGCAUGUGGUAUGCCACUCCUUGAAGUAACUCAGGGGCCCCAGAGGCUCGCAGCUGUGACGUGCAGUUUGUGGGGACCGCCCAGUUUACUCCUGUGGCCCCUUCACUCUCAGAUAUGUCCUGGUAUAGAUCCUGCAUUAUGCGGUCUUUCCAGCCAUGACCUGCACGCUGGGGAUUUGUAGCAGGUCCUUUCCCAUGGUUCUCUGUGCAGUCUUCCUCUCUGCAUGACUGGCACCUCCCCUGCACAAACUGCCCAGCUGCAGACCAGUGCCACCCACAGCGGUUUCUCAUGCUCCCUGCUUCUGUGCCAGUCUCCCCUGUGGUGCAGUGUGCCCUGUGGGGCCCCCAAUGAGCCUUCCUCAGCUCAUCCCCAGCCCCUAUCAGAGGCUGGACAUAUAGGGGGCUGGUAAAUAAGUGCAUGAAUGAAUGAGUUGCAAGGAUUAAUAUGUAAAUAAGAUACACAUAAGGCACUAAGAAGAGUGUCUGGCACAUACUAAGUGCUCUGCUACAGUUAGCACACCUACUGUGUGCAGACACCAUUUGAGAUGCUGGGGAAAGAAAGAUGAACGGGACAGAGUCCCUGCUUUCAUGAAGCUUGCGUUCUGGGAGGAGAGAGAGACAGCUAUUUCAGGAGCGGUAAGUGCUGUAAAGGGAAGUAAGGCCAGGUAAGGAAUAGUGUAGAGUGGCAAUGUGGUUCGGAGAGCCCCAGCACCCUCGCGUCACAGGGCAGAGUGUAGAAGGGUGGCUUGCAGCCCAGAGACAAUAACUUAAUAGGUAACUGAGUAGGUGGCACGGAACUCAGGACGGCGGGUGCUGGGGGCCAGCCCAGGGAAGCCGGCUCAGAUCAGGCCAUCUGGGCAGAGAUCAGAGGAAGGGAAAAUGCGGACCUCCGUGGGGAGAGCAAGGAGGCCAGCGUGGCUGGAGUGCAGUGGACAGGACGAGUGACAGGAACCAUAUCAUGUCUGAAUAUGGGAGGAUGACAGACACAGAACGGGACCAGAUAGACCAGGAUGCUCAGACAUUCAUGAGGACCUGCUCAGAAGCAAUUCAGCACCUAAGAGCACAAGCCCACAAGGAGAUACAUUCCCAGCAAGUGAAGGAGCACAGGAGUGCUGUUUUGGACUUCAUUGAAGAUUAUUUAAAAAGAGUAUGUAAACUUUACUCAGAACAAAGAGCCAUCCGAGUUAAACAAGUGGUGGACAAGAAAAGAUUGUCUAAGCUGGAACCAGAACCAUAUGCAAAGACAAAAGAAUCCAUGUCUUCUGAGAAAGUUUCACAGAAUCCUUCAGAAGACAUUGAAGAAAAAGCUGUCACUGAAGAAUAUCCAGAAAAGAUACCAUCUGAAAUACAGCCUGAACUGGGAACCUGGGGAGAUGGCAAAGGUGAAGACGAAUUAUCCCCAGAAGAGAUACAAACGUUUGAACAAGAAAAUCAGCGCCUAAUUGGGGAAAUGAACAACCUGUUUGAUGAAGUCAGGCAAAUUGAAGGGAAAGUGGUUGAAAUUUCCAGACUCCAAGAGAUAUUCACAGAGAAGGUUUUACAACAGGAAGCUGACAUUGAUAGCAUUCACCAGUUAGUUGUGGGAGCAACUGAGAAUAUCAAGGAGGGCAAUGAAGACAUCAGAGAGGCCAUCAAGAACAACGCCGGCUUCCGAGUGUGGGUCCUCUUCUUCCUGGUGAUGUGCUCCUUCUCCUUGCUGUUCCUCGACUGGUACGACAGCUAGGCUGCCCACCUCUCCUGGCAAGCGUGGGCUCCAGCACCGGGACGCGGCUGCCACUGGAAUUUACCGCAGAGCCAUGGGGUGGGGGGACUGACAAAAGGGGCACCCAGACCUGUGGUUUUAAGCCCAAUUAGUGUCUGAAAAAUAAAACACAAAUGGAAGGUGG